UUUCACUUGCACUGCCAAGCGUGCGAAGACAUUGACAAACAUGGCUGCGCCCAGCAGUUGAACUUUUUCUUAUUAUUUGACAGAUCUAAUUCGUGCUCUUUUCAAAUUUGAGAAUGGUUAAGAAUUGUGACCUGUACAGAAAUAAAACCAUCCUUGCGCCUAUGGUACGAGUUGGAACCUUACCCAUGAGACUGCUGGCUGUGCGGUACGGGGCUGACUUGGUUUACUGUGAGGAGAUCAUUGACUUCAAAAUUCUAAAAUCGAACAGAGUGGAAAAUACUGCACUCGGAACGGUGGACUUUGUUUUGAGUGAUGGCACCAUCAUAUUUAGAACCUUACCAGAGGAGAAGGAGAACCUCAUAUUCCAAAUAGGUACUGCUGAUGCAAAGAGAGCACUAAAAGCCGCCCAGAAAAUACAAGACUUGGUGUCUGGUGUGGAUGUUAAUAUGGGCUGUCCUAAAGAAUUUUCAAUCAAGGGAGGAAUGGGAGCUGCUCUACUGACUCAGCCAGAAAAGAUUAAAGAGAUUCUGACUACUCUUGUCGAUGGACUCUCAAUUCCUGUAACCUGCAAGAUACGAGUUUUACCUGAUUUUGAGGACACAUUGAAGCUAGCCAAACUUAUCGAGGGAACCGGAGUAUCAGCAUUAGGUGUCCAUGGGCGUACAAAAGAAGAGAGACCAAGGCAUACCAAUCGUAAUGAUGUCAUCAAGAAAAUUGCUGACACACUCUCUAUACCAGUCAUUGCCAAUGGUGGAUCAAAAGAAAUCAAGGUGUUUGAAGACAUUGCUGUGUUUAAACAGGCCACAGGCUGUUCCUCUGCGAUGAUAGCCCGGGCUGCUGAGUGGAACCCCACUAUCUUCAGGUCCGAAGGCAAGCUUCCACUGCUGGAAGUGGUCAAGGAAUAUGUUAAAGCUGCCAUUGAGUGGGACAACAAUUGGGUGAACACAAAGUACUGUGUGUUACAGAUGAUGCAUGAUAACAUGUUGGACUAUCAAGAAGGGGAGCUAACUCAAGCAUCAACAAGCAUGGAGGACAUCAGUGAUAUAUGGGGACUUAAGGACUACUACCUCAAGGUCAAAGACAACCUUUCCAGGAAACACGCAGAUGAAGAAUCCCGUGAGAUGGUAACCAUAGAAACAAAGGAAGAUGGUGGCUACAGGAUAUGUAUGCCACUCAGGUUUGAAAAGAAGGACUUCUCAAGCAAGAUAAGCCCCAAACUGAAACUGUUUGAGUGGACCAAAAGCAAGAAUCUCUCCAAACCAGUCUAUAACACGACUGAGAGAUGUGAAGACAGGAAUUUUAACAGUGUUCUACAUCUAAACAACAAUGAAUUCACCACGCCGUACUGGGAGAAGUCGAAACAGCUUGCAGAGCAAGCCUCUGCUGCCGUGGCAACCACAGUUCUUGAAAUCAUGGAUGGUCGCUUGGACGAUUCUUCUGAACAGCUGGAGAAAUGUAGAGUUCAGUGGAUGGGGCUUAAUUUUGAUAAAAGUUUAAUGAACUUGGAUGAUGGAAAUAAAGAUGAUUCCAUCAAGGGAGAAAACUCUGACAUUUCUAUGGAAGUCAAAAGAAAAUGUGAUGGUAAUAUAGAUGAAAAUACUAAAAGACUUUGUACAUAUCAAGAGGCUAGUUGAUGUUUAGCUGACAAAUGUUCAUUUUUAUUAAAUUACUUUGGAAAUGUC